UUAAGGCUGACGCAGUGCCUUAAGAGGCUAACACAGGAGGGUAAAGAAAGUCUCCCUAAAACCCAGAGAAGAGAUUUUUAGAACUCCUCUCUGGAUCCUGUCUGGAGUCACAACUGAACUGGAAGAUUUUAAGUCUUAGCACUUACUAGUAUGUGUAUAGUUAAUACCAAAGUCAUUAAAUUUAAACUUGACCUUCAAUAAAUAAAGAAAGAAAGAAAGAACGGGAGACUGAGGGCCUUGCAGGGAGACAACUAAGCAGGCUCCAAGUAGGAAUUUGGCCAACCAAAGCCUUCCAGGGUAUGCCAGGGCCUCAGCCUCCAUCCACAGCCUGCGGGGAGAAGGUGUUGCAGGGAGUACCGCAAGAUCCGACAGUAUUGGUUGAAUGAGGGAGAAAGAAAGAGCUAUAAAGACAGAGAAGGAAGCGGUGCAUCAUAGCAGUCUUUGGCCGUAGGCUGACAUUUGAAAGGCUGACUUCAAACCCUGGUUCUGUUGUAGUGCAGCUGUGUGACCCUGGAUGGUCACUGACCCUCUGAGUCUCAGCUUUGUCACGUUUAAUCAGUGGACAAGAGUGUCUACUGCGUGUUGUUGGGAGAAUUAAGGGACUGCAAGAGUUACUGAGCAUGCCAACCAGCACAUAGUAGGUGCCUAGUAAACAACUAAAAAGAAUGAGUCAGGCCAAGCAGCGUGAUGGGGCCCCCAUACCUGCAAAUGCCAGAGUUUGCUCUGUCUCUGGAUAUUUGGGAAAUCCAUGCCGCCGAACCAGCUCCAUCUCUGCCCAAAUUAAACAGUAACCACCCAAGGUCAGGGAAAAGGCCUUGGCAGAACAGGUUUCUUCCAAGUGGUGGCUCAGCCUUGACGAGGUGGGCCCACCCCCCACCUGCCUAUAAAUGCUGCCCUGGCCACCGAGACAUUCACCUGAUUCUGAGCAUUCACAACAUGUUGGGCAUCACAGUCUUCACCGCGCUCCUGGCCUAUGCCUCCAGCUGCGGGGUCCCCAUCUUCCAGCCCAACCUAUCAGCCCGCGUGGUGGGAGGAGAGGACGCCAUUCCUCACAGCUGGCCCUGGCAGAUCUCCCUCCAGUACCUCAAGGAUAACACGUGGAGGCACACGUGUGGCGGCACCUUGAUCACCCCCAACCACGUCCUCACAGCCGCCCACUGCAUCAGCAACACCCUGACAUACCGCGUGGGCCUGGGGAAGAACAACCUGGAGGUGGAGGACGAGGCAGGCUCCCUCUACGUGGGUGUGGACACCAUCUUUGUCCACGAAAAGUGGAACUCCUUCCUCAUUCGCAAUGACAUUGCCCUUAUCAAGCUGGCAGAGACUGUGGAACUGAGCGACACGAUCCAGGUGGCCUGCCUGCCAGAGGCGGGUGCCUUGCUGACUCAGGACUACCCCUGCUACGUCACUGGCUGGGGCCGUCUCUACACCAAUGGCCCCAUUGCCGCCGAGCUGCAGCAGGGCCUGCAGCCUGUGGUGGAUUAUGCCACGUGCUCCCAGAGAGACUGGUGGGGCAGCACGGUGAAGGAAACCAUGGUCUGUGCUGGAGGCGACGGAGUCAUCUCAGCCUGCAACGGGGAUUCGGGUGGCCCCCUGAACUGCCAAGCUGAGAACGGCAACUGGGAUGUGCAAGGCAUCGUCAGCUUCGGCUCCGGGCUGGGCUGCAACACCUACAAGAAGCCCACGGUCUUCACCCGUGUGUCUGCCUACAUCGACUGGAUCAACGAGAAACUGCAGCUGUGAUUCAUCCCCAGGAGCCCAGGCCACAAAUCCUGACAACCGCAAUAAACCUCUUUCCCCCUCAA